UGUCAAUUUCCUUUAAUGUUCUCAGCUACUUGUUAAACAUGAAAGGGGGUGGGUGAGGGUAUAUAAGACACCCCUAAUCUCCCAGUAGAGGAAUUUGUCAUUAACCGGUCCGAAACAUGCGAUCAUUGGGACUUCUUGCGCUCGCACUGCACGCAUCUCUGCUCGUGCUGGUGGCCAACGGGAUCCAAAGAACUAAGGAUGGAGUGUAUAUGAGGUCCCUGCAGCGAAUUUCCCUCAUGGACCGGGCAACCGGGUACCACCUGCCCACCUACAUGAUGCAUCUGUACAGGAACUUCAGGGCAAACUUUUCCAAGCCUUUGGAUACUAUGGAGCAAGUCGCUGGGAGGCAAGCAGACACAGUGAAGAGUGUGAUGGCUAAAAGUUUGACGUACACACAGAGCCGUUGGACUGCGACCUUUGACCUCCAUGCCCUGCUGUCUGACAGACAGAUCCAGGCAGCAGAGUUGAGAAUCAGACUUCCUCACAGUGCUUCCAACAUCACCUUGGAGGUUUAUCACCAGGCGUGCCAUAUGCACAAGAGCUGCCAGAAGCAGCAGCUGGUGGGGCUGCUCACUGAAUCUUCACUGGUCUUCACUUCAUCACAGAGCUGGAAAGUGUUCAACAUGACGACCCCUCUGUUGAGCUGGCUCGGACACAAAUCAACAGCCAGGAUUCGACACAAGAGAGUGUCAAGGAGAAGGAAAGCAUUGCAGACAAAGAGAGGCCUGACGCUCCCUGAUCAGCCUUUCUAUGUGGCGAAUCCCAGAAAAGAGCAAGACGUGAGCGACCGGGCCUUGCUGGUUGUCUUCUCACACACGGGUUCUGAUGAAAACUCAAAGCUCAAAGCGAGUUUGCUCCACACAGCUGAACAAUCCAAGUUUUUGUCCCCUGCUGAAAUCAAAAGGGCCCGCCGGCCAAAGAGGCGUAGGAGCAAACGAGGCCAGAGAGAACAAACAGUGAGGAGCCCACAGGCGUACAAAAGAGGGAGUGAAAAGUCUCUCUGUCGUAGAGUCGACCUGAAUGUAGACUUUAAUCAAAUUGGCUGGGGGUCCUGGAUCAUCUUUCCUAAAAGAUACAACGCCUACCGCUGUGAGGGGACCUGCCCUGGUCCCCUGGGAGAGGACCUUAAUCCCACAAAUCAUGCUUACAUGCAAAGUUUACUGAAACACUACCACCCGGAUAGAGUAGCCUCACCCUGCUGUGCCCCGACCAAAAUGAGCCCGUUAAGCAUGCUGUACUACGAGAACGGAGAGAUGCUCCUUCGACAUCACGAGGACAUGAUCGUGGAAGAGUGUGGCUGCCAGUGAGAGCUACCUCAACACGCAGAAGCAAUCAAGGAUACACUUAGCUAGAAUGAAAAAAGCUCUUCAAUAUUCGUUACCGUGCACUGUGGGAUUGUAAUGAAUCUAUAUGUGCAAAGAUGGAUUUAUAAACUGUGUUACGGGAGUUCUGGUUUGUAAAGUCAAGAGUGAUACUUUUUAAGAUGUGCUGAAAUACAAACUCAACUAUACCAUGCCACCUACAAGGUGUGUGCAGUUGUCACAAUCUAAUACACAACCUUAUUCUUCUUACCAAUGAUAUUAAUGUAAACAUGAAAUGACAAUGUUAUUGUAUAU